AUGGCCACUUGCCUGCCACACUGUCUGACCUUUUCGCCGGAUGAAACGUGGCUAGCUUGCUUUACCACGGCACAGUACGACUGGGACUACAGUUUGAUGCUCAUAAAUGUGGAAUCAGACAGCAUCAAGUGGAUAAUCAAAAUCGACAAUUACCGGCGUCCCGCAGUAAUUGCGUUUGAUCCUACCGGAAGUCGUAUCGUGGUCGGCGCUCGUGUCGCUUAUCAAGACCGAAUAGACGAUGGGAUGAACGACGAGACGGAUGACGAGAUGGACGUUGAAGUGGACGCUGAAGUGGAUGACGAAGUGGACGAUGAGACUGACGAGGAGACUGACGAGGAGACUGACGACGGUAUGGAUGACGAGUUGAGCGAUGCACUGGACAGUGAAGAUGAUGAAAUCGACGACGGUCCCGCAAGACAUACAUGA